AUGGCUGCCACCACUACCAGUACUACCAGCAGCAGCAGCAGCAGCAGCAGCAACUCAUUCAUGCACUUGGUAAGACCAAAUGUGCUUGCGCCUGCAGCAGGAUCAGCCAACGGACCGGCCAAUGUCAAGAUUCACGCGUCGGCAUUGCUCACCAUUUUAGAAAUUGUUGCCAAACAAGUAUUGAACAAGAGAAUAAUCGGGACUUUGUUGGGAAUAAGAUCAGACAACGGACUAGAAGUAGAAAUCAGGGAUGCUUUUAUUGUUCCAUGUGAUGAGACUGGUGAUUCCAUUGCUAUUGAAGAUCAAGCUCAUAAAUCUUUGUUUCAUUUAUACAAAAAGUCACACCCCAAGGAAAGUGUUUUGGGAUGGUUUGGUAGUAUGAAUGUGAUUGAUGAUACUACUUCUUUGAUUCAUGAUUUCUAUUCCAAAGGAGUUGAUCGUGCGUUCCCCUAUCCUGCCAUUUAUUUGAACGUUGAGUAUAUUAAUGAGCAAGGACAGAUUACGACCCCAAAGAUAAUAACGUAUAUUGGUGCUGCUGUGGGCAAACCAGCUUCCAAAACCAAUGUGCAAAUAGGAUGGAACAAGGCCGCUAGCAGUGUGAAUAACUCGUAUAUUUUCACACCUAUUCCCAAUGAAGUUGUUGAUGGAACAAAUACUGAAAAGCUUGGGUAUAAGUCAUUGCAAGACUCGGUCGUCGAUAGCUCUUCUUCGGAUAUUUCAUCAAUUAUUGAUGGUAGACAUCCGUUUUUCACUCAUAACUUACAACAGGUGCAACACAAUGUUGCCAAUUUGAUUGCAUACAUUGAUGAAAAUGCCAGUAAGAACCAGUCAGAUGAAAAUCUUGAUUUGUUGAGAAAAUUGAGCAAUACAUUAUUGACUAAACCACCAGUGUUGACUGAUGUCGAAGAAUUGAACAAGUUGUUUGAUAAUUUCAAUCAAGAUGUUAUAAUGAUUGAGUAUUUGACCAAGGCUGUUAAGGACCAAAUUGAGUUGAGUGCAAGAUUGACUGCUAGUUCAGAAGCUGACAAGAGAAAUUAA